AUGGGAGAUUUCAACUCCAUACUUUAUUAUGAUGACAGGAGGAAUGGUAGUAUUGUUACUAAUUUUGAAACAAGAGAUUUUGAAGCUUGCAUUGAUAGUGCUGCAUUGUCUAAACUGAAGAGUUGUGGCCAUUUCUACUCAUGGAGUAACAAGGGACAAGGGGAUUUGAGAAUUAGCUCUAGAAUUGGUAGAGCAUUUGGUAAUGCAGGUUGGCAGUUAGGGUUUACUGAUGCAGUGGUGAACUAUCUGAAUCUAGGAUUCUCUGAUCACUCUCCUUUAUUAAUGACCUGCAAUGUCAAUCUGAUUAAUGGUGGAGGCCAUUUAAGUUCUUCAAUUAUAUGGAAGACCACCCCAAUAUCCUGUAGGUUGUUCAAACAUGGUGGGAAGCUGACAUUCAUGUUUGCUAAACUUGAAGAAGGAAUUGAGAGCAUCAGGGAGGAGUUGGGUACAAUUCAGUCUCAAUUGGCUGUCAAUUACACUGAUGUGGAUCUGCAAGGUGCUGAAAAGGAUUAUACAAAUAAACUGAAGAAAUUCUUACAUGUUCAAGAGUUUGCACAUAGGAAGAAGUCAAGAAUUAAGUGGUUGCAAGCUGGUGACUCAAACUCUAAAUUCUUUUUCGGUGCAAUGAAGGAGAGGCAAGCUAGAAAUAGUAUUGAUGUUCUGUAUGACAACACAGGGAAGAAGCUAACCGCUAUGCAAGAGAUUAAGGGGGAGAUUAGUGAAUUCUACAAGAGCUUGAUUGGUACUGUUGCUCCAACCUUAAUUAGGAUAGAUGUUAACAUAGUAAGGAUGCAAGGAGUGAUUGGAGAUGUGAUCAACACCUCACAUGCUGGUUUUAUUCCUGGCAGGGCUAUUUCUGAUAACAGCUUGUUCCCUUGUGAGUUAGUGAAGUGUUAUUCUAGAAAAUAUGUUUGUCCCAAGUGCAUGAUAAAGCUGGAUUUGAAGAAAGCUUAUGACUCUUUAGAAUAG